UCCGGCGUCGCUGAAAUUAAAAGCUUGUUUCCUCUGUGCUGAAACAAGUCGAACUCGAGAUGCUUCCUUAAAAAAAAUUACUUUUUUUUUUUUUUUUUUGGUGGCAGCACACAGAUCUUAUAGCCUAAUAUCCCAUAGUUUCUCAGUACGUUGGUGCGUUUUGCGCCGCCUCGGUGUCAGCUUUGGCUGCUGGUCCAUGUUCUAACGCAAAGAUGGCGGAAGAAGAGAAAAGCGGUGAGGCUGUGGGAAACAAAGACGAGCUGCAGAUUAUGAAGGAGCUGGUGGAUGACCUGUAUAAAUUCAGAGAUUGUUAUUUUGAAACUCACAGUGUGGAGGAAGCAGGAAGGAAACACAGUGAUGUAGCAGAGGAGAUGGAACGGACCCUGAAGAAGCUGGAAGAGAGAGAAGAGUCCUUUAAACACAAAGCUGAGUUUUUGCUUCAGAAGGGAAGGUGUCUGAACGUGGCUCCGGACUUCAGUGCUACAGCAGAGGAGUGCCUUUCCCGCGCUGUGAAGCUGCAGCCUGGCCUGGUCGAGGGCUGGAACACACUAGGGGAGCAGUACUGGAAAAAAGGAGAUCUGAUCGGAGCCAAAAACUGCUUCACUGGUGCCUUACAGCAGAGCAAGAACAAAGUGUCUCUUCGUAACUUGUCAAUGGUGCUGAGGCAGCUGCCCGCAGCCGACAGCGACGCUCAUGGCAAGCAGGUGCUGGAAAGUGUGGACAUGGCCCGGCAGGCUGUGCAGUUGGAUGUGAAGGAUGGGACGUCCUGGUAUAUCCUGGGAAAUGCCUACGUGUCGCUGUUUUUCACCUGUGGACAGAAUCCGCAGCUAUCGCAACAAGCUCUAAGUGCUUAUACGCAAUCUGAAACGGUGGAUAGAGCUGCCUCUUGUUACCCGGAGCUGCAUUUCAACAGAUCCACUCUGUUCCAGUACGAGGAGAUGUUCGGGUCUGCGCUCGCCGGCUACAGUCGAGCGGCGGAGCUCGACCCCGGCUGGAAGGAGCCGCCAGAGAGAGAGAAGCAGCUGCUGGAAUAUUUAGAGAAAGUGACCGAACUCCUACAGAACAAGGGGAAGGUGAAGGCCCGCCGGUUACGGACGAUGCUGUCGAACCUCAACACGUCUGCUUUGGGUCCCUGCUCGUCUCCUGAGUUUCGUUCCCCGACCGGCCGCGUGGGCAGCCUGGAGCCCCGAACUCUUUCCUCCCUGACACACGGCCACAACGCUGGGGUGGCUGCUCUGGGGAAGGUGGUGUUCAGUCUGGCUUCUGAGGGUCGCAUGGCCUUUACGUUUGGCAUGGUGGACAGUGAGGAGACUUGUAUAGUGGUGAUGGUUUACAACACAGCGGACAGUUGGGGUGUCCUGAUAGGUGAUUCCGUAGUCAUUCCUGAACCUCAAGUCAAACGACACAGUAUAACCCAUAAAGAUAAGUCAUUUGAUUUUAGAAGUAUACGAGUGGACUCCCCUCUGCUCCUCAUCGUCAACGGCAAGAAGCAGAACGUCAAAUGUCAGAUUGCUGCCUCCGUCAGCUACAAGCCUCAGAGCGAAUGAAGCAGACUAAAAAGGCCAAGGACCAAGCUCGUUUUCCUUCUUUUGCUGGAUUUUUGAAGUAUUUGUAGCCGUUUUAAGCUGUUCUGUAAAUAGGUCACCGUGUUACACUUGUUUGUAUUUAUAAAUCUUUUUUAUACUCUGUG